UCAGUUUUUAGUUUAAUUCUAAGGAAAAGCACAUUUUAUUUUCAGGGGAGAUUUUAGAACGCUUUUUACAGACUUACAUCCACUGUGAUGUGUCCUAUACUGAAACUCCAGCAUCUCAGAAUAGACUUUUGCCAUUCAGCUCCAACUUCAGCCUCCCAGCAGAACUCAUAAAUCCGUGGCAGUGUCUCCUCCUGCUGGUGGAACUGUGCAAAUGCUGAGCUGUGCAGGUGCGUAAAGACAGCAAACUCAUUUCUAAGUGCAUGUCCUGUGUGGCUAAAUUUAUCUGUUAGAUUCUUAGGAAGUUGGACUUGCUUUACAUUACGCACGUUUUUAUCAAAAAUCUGUUCAAAUCUCAGAAAAAAUGCGUUCCUAAUUGCAUUUGAAAAGACAUCCUGCUUGUUAUUUAUAUUGCCCAAUACGCUUUUCUAUUUGGAGACACUCUGAGUUUAAGGUGGAUGAGUCAAGAAGUGUACCCAAAAAUAAGAGUCCUGUUGUCUGACCAACAGCAUGGGGGUAAACAGACAGAGGUGGAAGUGGCCCUUCCGCUGCAGCAAACCCGCACAUCUGCUUUGGGGGCGAGUGUCUGGUUGUUGUUGUUGUUGUUUUUUUUACGCAAAGGAUGUGAGCAGGAGUGGCACUCAGGAGGCUUUAAAUAGGAACUGUCUCCAAAGUUUGGGACAACAGAGCAUCUGAAAACUUCCAGCAGCUCGCAGUGCAAACCGCCAGAUUGAUCCAGGAUGGACGUCAGCAGAAGACUGGGGAUGAGAGACACCGUGCUGGCGCUCUUGCUCGCUGUCCUGCAGGGAUUUCCUCUCGGGGAAGGGGCCCCGAACCCGUCACCGCUGGUUGGCUCCAACUGGGGUAACCCGAGGAGAUACAUUCACCUGGAGACUUCCACGGAUCUCAACAACUUCUACUUGGAGAUCAGACUAGAUGGCACCGUGCGCAAAACUACAGCCAGGAGCUCAUAUAGUGUGAUUUUACUGAAAGCUGAAACAAGGGAGCGCAUCGCCAUCCUCGGCGUCAAAAGCAGCCGGUACCUGUGCAUGGAUCUGGAGGGAAAUCCGUUCAGCUCUCCCAUCUGCCUCAGAGACGACUGUCUGUUCAACCACAGGCUUCUGGAAAACAACCGGGACGUGUACUACUCCAUCCGGACCGGCAUCCUCUUCAACCUGGAGGGCUCCCGGCAGGUGUUCUCCGCGGGCCAGAACCUGCCGCAGACCUCCCUCUUCCUGCCCAAGAAGAACACGGUGCCGCUGGAGCGCCUCCUGCUGCACCGGGAGAAGAGGAACCAGGUGGUGGAUCCCUCGGACCCUCACAACGUCUACCUGGGCCAGACGGAGGAGGGAUCGGACUCUCGGGCGGUGCAGGAGGACGACGCCGACCUGGAGGUGGAGGUGGAAACCGGGGACGAAGGACGCAACGUGUCCCGGGAGACCCCGCUGGCUCCGUCCACCGACGACCCCUGGAACGUGCAUUCAUCCAACGCGGCCAGCCCCCGGAGCUCCGGGACCAUGGGCUGACUUCCAUGUUUUUACCCUUCACUUACUCCGCGUGAGUCCAGUUUAACAUAAUAGAUCAUAUAAGAGAAAGACCAGACUUUGUUAGAAAAGGCUGAGUUCGUCUUUUCACACUGACUUCAUAAUUUAUAAGAACACAUUUUCAGUCUUCAAUCGGUCAGAAAAGCAGUGUGUUUCUACACUGAAUGUAUUAGACUUGACUUGUAACCUCUUUUGCACAUUUCACCAAUGCCUGUAACUUUCCCUUUUCUGUCAAUUUAGUCAGAAAUGUUGUACUUUUAGGAGUUUAAAUCAGCAAAUGAUGUGUGUUUUAGCCUAUAUUUAAUACUUUAUAGGAGAAUAUUACUGGUUAAAUAGCAACACGAAUGAUUCAAAUGAAUUUCCCCUCCAUAGUCGACAUCCUCUCACUUUGGGAAACGGCUUAAUUAUUCAAGAAUCUGGUUUGGUUUCCCAAAGAUCAAUUAUCCCAAAUCAUUUCUACUUUUUUGUUGGAUCUCUUUUCAUUGAGGUUUUUCCAGCUGGUCUGAGAAACCCACAUUUCAAAGUGACAGAAGCCUCGCUUAGCCUACCUCUGGAGAACUGAAGGCCCUGCACUACACAGGCAUGACGGAAAAUGAAAACAUCUACACAAAUAUACCAAAGAGUUGCAUUUAGUAGAGUUAAGGUUACAUUUUAGACUUAAAGUUUAUUGAUUUUAAAGUUUGAAAUUUGUUACUUGGCAGUUGUUAAACAGAAAUUUCGCUGCGUCACUUACAGUAUCUGACAUAACAUAUCUGUACUUGUGCUUUUCCACCAGUGAUACAGUCUAAUUCAUGACUUGAAAGAACAGAACUACAGGGUAAACAGAGCAGACAUCUAGAAUCUGAACUCUUGCUACGAGACUUUUACAGGUGCUGGGCACCACCAGCAGACACGAGAAAACCAGUCCCAAAGAGUAUUUAUUUAUUUAAAUCCAUUCCUUUAUUGUUAUUUAUGGUAUUUAUAAGGAUGCAGUUACAGUGUACGUAAACAAAAAAAAACAUGGUUUGUCUUUGAAUGUAUGA